AUGGCUCCACGGGUGCCGUGGCAUCUAUGCCUAUCUGCUUUAGUAGUGCUCGCGUCCCUCUGCUCGUUAAGUCGUGCUGACGUAACUCUUCCGGAUCCAUCGCGACCCGGCCUCUUCUAUUUCUUCAUGUCUGGCCAGAUCGUAGUGGUGGACCCGGUGUCGCAGAAGGUGGUAACGAAGAUCAACCAGACGUCGCAAGGCGCACCCGCGCCCUUUCCCAACUCCUGCCCCGGCCACCCCAUGCAAGGCACGUGGAAUCGGCACACGACGGGAAUCGAUCAGCAGACCAUCUUCAUCACGGCCAGCUUCCAGCAGCCCACGCCGCUGCGACUGCCGGGGCUGUCGGACAUGGUGCUCGUCGUCAACACGUCGUCGCAGAGCGUCGCAGCGUCCGUCGCCGUGCCCGACAUCCCCAACGACAUCGUCUUCGUGCCUGAAGUGGGGAGCGUGUUUGCCCACGCGGACGUCAACGGCACCUUCGCCGUCAUUUCCGCGGCGCCGCCGUACACGCUGCAGCGCGCGCGCUUCUCCUCCGAGUUCGCCGAGGCGGGCUACGGCCGCCUGCUCGCCGACUCCGCGUUGAACGGCAAGGCGUUUCAGACGGCGUCGCAGAUGCCGGGCGUGUUCUCGCUGAACCUGUUCACGCAGUCGGCCGACGUGCCGUUCCUCGACUUCACGCAGACCAUGCUGCAAUCCCAGCCGUGGCUGCCGCCCGACACGCCCAUCUACUGCCCCGCGACGCGCGAGGCGGUGUAUUCGGCGGUGAAUCGGCGCGCGUACGUGUCGUGCGCCAAGGCGGGCAGUCCGCCCGACCCCAACGCGCCCGACCCGGGGAUUGUCGAGAUCGCCGGCGACGACAGCGUGCCCGUCGGCUACCUCAACUUCAAGGCGGACAGGCUGUAUCUGACGCCAGACGAGACCUUCCUACUGGCCGUGGACAGCGGCGCGGGCGUGAUCCGCAUGGUGCAGAUGCUGCCGGGCGUGGGCAGCGACCAGGUCUUCUCGCUGCAGUGGCCUGACGUCACUCUGCCGCCCAACUCCAUGCCCGACAAGAUCCUCUUCUACCCCAAGGGCAUGUUCUACGUGGCGCUGGUGUCGCUGGUGCUCAAGGACAGCACAGCGGUGAUCGAUUUCAACAAGCUGCUCGCGUGUGGCGCACAGUGCCCGCAAGACAACAUUGCUGCCGCCCUCACCUUCAUCAACUCCGGCUACCAUGUGGCGCCACGUGCCAACAUGGAUCUGAGCAUAUCAUCACGCAGCAUGGCAGUGGGGCAUCAGUUUGUGUGCGUGGCAGCCAAUCACGACAAGGCGGUGCACUGUAGCAACCUCGUUAACCCGGCCAACAACAAGAUAUACACCAACAUGUUUGAUGUACAAGAUAUAGUGUUUGUGGAGGGCAAAUCGUUGCGCCUUGCGCCCAUCCCUCCCCCUAUUGGCCCCCUUGCGCGUUCGACUCUUCCGCUCAUCGAUCGCAUCGCUAGUGUCCGCCAUUUCAGUCCCAGUGCCAUGCGCGCUGCGUGCAGUUCGGUCGACGAAACCAGCCAGAGUGACAAUUGCGGAAGAGGCAGCGCGCGGGCUUCCGCGCAUCUAGAUGGCGCGCAGACGUUUUCCGCGCGCAGCACGCCCGCGAUUUCCCCCCGUGAGGAUACCCGCGGUUUGAUGGGAGAUUGCCUUUCCGCCUCCCGCUCCGCCGAAAGCGCGCGUGAGGGAGGCGCCCCCGCGAACGGCGCCGCAACAGGGGGCGACACGAUCGCGGCUGUGGUCACUGCCGUGUCGUCCACGUCAGGCGGUGUCGCGAUCGUGCGGCUCUCCGGCCCCGCCGCUGUGAGCAUCGUGCGGCGCAUGUUCCGCCCCGCGCGGAAAGCGAACAGAGCGCGGAAGCAGGGGGGAAUGGCGAGGGGAAGCGGAGACCUUGGCGGAUGGGCGGGGAGCGCGGAGAACGGAGCUUGGGGAACAGAUAAUGGGGAUUUCCGAGGAGCGGUGAGCGAGGGGAGCGCGUUGGCUGGAAGCAGGAAGGAAGAGGAGGGGAGAAGCGGAGAGGCAAUGGGGGGAAGCGGGGGAAGCGGGGGGAGCGGGGAGGGCGGAGCGGCGGGGGAGUGGCGCGCGGAGAGCCACCGAGUGAGCUACGGGCACAUCGUGGACGAGCAGGGGGCCACCAUUGACGAGGUGCUCGUGCUGCCCAUGCUGGCCCCGCGGUCGUACACGUGUGAGGACGUGGUGGAGGUGCACUGUCACGGUGGCAGGGUGUGCGCCCACUCCUGCCUCGCCUCCGCCGUCCACCUCGGCGCCAGGCUGGCAGGAGCAGGCGAGUUCACGCUACGAGCCUUCCUCAACGGCCGGGUGGAUCUGGCACAGGCAGAGGCCGUGGCCGCCCUCAUCCGCGCCGACACCACCGCUGCUGCGCGCUCCGCCCUCGCUGCUGUUAAGGGCGGCUUGUCUCGUCACAUCCGGGGCGUGCGGGCGGCGUGCAUGGGCGUGCUGGUGGACAUCGAGGCGCGCAUCGACUUUGAGGAGGAUCUCCCACCGUUGGAUGCUGCGGACGUCAGCCGUCGGAUCGACGCCAUCUGGCAGCAGAUCAACGAGGCACUGGCCACCGCCAAUCGGGGCCGACUGCUGGAGUAUGGCAUUCAGGUGGCCAUCGUGGGUCGUCCCAACGUGGGCAAGUCAAGCCUCUUGAACGCGUGGACGCAGUCGGAGCGCGCGAUUGUAACGGACAUCCCCGGCACAACAAGGGACGUGGUGGAGGCACAGCUGCACCUGCCUCUCUCUGCGGGGGGCUUCCCUGUGCGCCUGGCUGACACCGCCGGCAUCCGCCACACCACCGACGCUGUUGAGGCAAUUGGUGGUAGUGCGUCAAGGUGGGCUUUAGACGUCUCAACAACAAUCUUCCCCGUGCGCCUGGCUGACGCCGCCGGCAUCCGCCACACCACCGACGCUGUUGCGGCCAUCGGCUGCCCUCCUGGCUGGCCUGUGGACUGUGCUGCGAGCGGGCACAGGCAGAGUCAUGGCAGCAGCAGGUGGAAAGACGCGCCUGCAGGUGUGCUGCAUCUCCACGCGCCUCUAGGCGGCCUGGCGGUUGAAGCGAUUGUGGGGUUGCUGAGAAGAACACGUGUUGUCCUUCUCGUGUGCAUCUCUCUCUGUGCCCUCCUGCUGGCCUCAUGCAACGUUUUGUGCCCUUGCAUUGCGGUGCUGGCAGGUGUGCAGCGGUCGGAGGCGGCAGCAGCAGCAGCAGAUGUGGUGCUGCUGGUGGUGAGUGCAGCGGAGGGGUGGACAGCAGAGGACUCCGCCAUCUUCCACCGCAUCUCCGGUGCCGGAGUGGAGGAGGAAGGUCAAUCCCUCUCCACAGCACCUCUUGCCGAGACAACCGCAGCAACAACGGCAGCAGCAGCAGCAGCAGCAGCAGCAGCGGUGCCGGCAGAGACAGCAGUACGGACAACAGCAGGGGCACAAGAAGCUGCGCAAGCAAGAGCAGAGGGCCAGCCGGUGAUAAUCCUGGUGGAGAACAAGAGCGACCAGGCCCACCCCCACGGCAUGCACAUCCCUCCAGCCGUGCAGCGUGCCGUGUGGCGCCACGUAGCCACCAGCGCCACCCUCCGCACCGGACUGCACCACCUUGAAUCCGCCGUGGCAGCAGCCGUGGGAGGGGGGCUGGUGGCAGAGGAGGGGCAGCAGUGGGCGGUGAACCAGCGGCAGCAGCAGCAGCUGGUGCGUGCAGCGGAGGCUGUGGGGCGGGUGAGGGAGAGCAUUGGAGCGGGGCUGCCGCUGGACUUCUGGUCCAUUGAUCUCAGGAGUUGCAUUCUUGCGCUGGGGCAGGUGAGCGGUGAGGAGGACGUGACUGAGGAGGUGCUGUCGAAUAUCUUCAGCAAGUUCUGUAUCGGCAAAUAG